CAAAAAGCCCACAAGCUACAUGAAACAACGUCACCGGCUGGCCAUUGUAGCCACAUGUCUUCUCACGUCAAGCUCUCGCGGCUAAAUCUGCGGCCAUUGAGCUUAAGAUGCAGCGCGCAAGAUACUCGACAGCAGAGACGCUCACGCCAUGACUUCAAUCACUUCGUGUGCCGCUUAGAUGCCUCCGAAGCAACUACAGCUGCACCCGAAGAAACCCUCGAAUCGGCGAACAAGUUCAAGCUAGCGGUGAAGGACAAUAUCGCGACCCAAGGGCUGCCAACAACAUGCUCCUCUGCCAUCCUCUCCCCCCACAAAAGCCCCUACGAGGCCACCAUCGUGCGCCAACUCCGAGAACGAGGUGCUCAAGUCGUAGGGAAGACAAAUAUGGACGAAUUCGGCAUGGGAUCCCACUCGCUAAACUCCAUUCACGGUCCGGUGCUCAACCCGCUGUCUGCGACGCCCACCUCUGCUGGCGGGAGCUCAGGAGGCAGUGCGGUGGCAGUUCAGACCGGCGAAGCGGACGUCGCGCUGGGGACGGAUACGGGCGGUUCAAUUCGCCUUCCUGCGGCGUACUGCGGCGUGGUCGGAUAUAAGCCUUCCUAUGGCAUGCUGUCGAGGUUCGGGGUUGUUCCGUAUGCGAACUCCUUGGACACCGUUGGUCUACUUGCUAGGGACGUUGACGUUAUCGAGGACCUGAUUUUCAGAAUGGCACUGGACGCGGAGCAUGACUCCCAGGACCCGACGUCCUUGUCAAAGAGCUUCCGGAAGAAGCAGCAGAACCAAACGGCAGCUGGUCGGUCACAGCUUCGAAUCGGCAUUCCCCUGGAAUACAAUAUCGAGGAAUUGGACCCCAAGAUCAAAGCAGCCUGGUUUGACGCAGCAGACCUUUUGGAGAAAUCCCGCAUAGAGGUGGUUCCGGUAUCAUUACCGUCCACAAAACACGCUCUAUCAGCAUACUAUGUCAUCGCACCGGCAGAAGCAUCUUCCAACCUCGCCAAAUAUGACGGCGUACGCUACGGCACCCGCGGCGACGAGAGCGACGGCGCCGGCGAGGUCCUGUACUCCAAAACUCGCGGCCUCGGAUUCGGCGAGGAAGUCAGGCGCCGCAUCCUCCUCGGUGCCUACAGCUUGAGCUCCGAGGCGAUGGAUAACUACUUUAUUCAAGCGCAGCGGGUGCGCAAGCUCGUCCAACGAGACUUUGACCGCGUUUUCAGACUGGAGAAUCCUCUCUACGACGAACAGCAGUUCGACUUGAGCGACAUGAAGGACGAGGUCGAGCUCCAGGAUAAGCUUGGCCCUUCGCAGGUGGACUUCUUGCUAUGUCCCACUGCGCCGACCUUUGCACCGCGCAUUGAGGAUAUCAAGCAGCAGACACCGGUGCAGGUUUAUAUGAAUGACGUCUUUACGGUGCCGGCUAGUCUGGCUGGACUACCAGCGAUCAGCAUUCCUACCAAAAUCAAGGCGAAGGAAGAAGAGGUGGACGGUAGCCGCAGUGUAGCGGGUCUCCAGCUGAUCGGUCAGUACUGGGACGACAAGCGGUUGCUCAGCGUGGCCAAGAAUCUCCUUCGUCAACUGUCUGCUUGAUCAUAAGUCAACCGCCAGAUGGCUCGCAAGCACUGUGUAAGAAUACGCCUCGCCGUGUGAGAGGCGACGGUCUGGAAAAAUCGUACUGUAUAGUAGAAUACACAUGGAAUAUACCCUGGGGGGUCAGCCCGCCCACCCUUUCAUCCGAUACCUCGACGCCACGAGAGAAGCCUCUAUAGGUCUACUCAAUUCCAUUCUCGUCACCAGCACAGCAGGCGCCCUCUAGGUCGGGGGUCGGGUCAAACUGUGGCGUGGGUGGUGGAAUGGUUAAUGGUCACCAAUUAUUCACGCCAACCAGCCUA